AAUGAAUCGCAGUUAUUACAAUAAAUCCAACAGUAAUUUAACUCCUGGUAAAGCAAAAUCAUAACAUGUAGCUUAGAUUUAGUUGUAAGACAUUUAGUUUUAUUCCCAGAAACAUUAGCAAAUAUAUUAGAGAUUCUUCUAAUGAAAACAACAAAAGAGGAGAUAAUUUGUUGAAUACAUUAAUUUAACAAUCUUAAUAAGCAAUUUAAUCAGCUAGAUAAUUUAGUAUAGAUAGACCAAUUAAGACAUCUCCUAUUGAAUCGUAAAUUAAUGAUUUAUCUAAUAGGUCUCCUCAUAUUCAAAAAAAAAAAAUGAACACUUCAUAAAACUUAUAAUUUAGAAAAAGUACAGAAUAACAAUAAAGAAGCAGUGCUUAGUUUGAUAGACUACUUAAUGAAAAUACAUCAUUAUUGAUGAGAAUCUAAGAAUUAGAACAAAAAGUAAGAAAUUGAUGUUAACAAGUGAGAAUCAAUUAUUAUAAAUGAAAUGUUAGUGCAACAAUUAGAACAAUAAAAGAUCAUAAGAAAAUGUACUCAAAAUAAUAAAUUAAAAUAAGGGUGAUAUAAAUGAAUUAUUAUCAUCACAUAAUUGUAAUGAAAAUGAGAAUAGAAUAUUAAAGGAAUUAAUAAAUAGAUAAUCAUCUAUUAUGCAUAUACCCUCUGUUAUUCAAACACUUUCACUUAUUAAAUGA